CACUCGGUGACAUUGAGCGCCAGCGCCGCGGCCGCUGUGGGGUGCUGUGCGUCGGCGGAGCAGGCGGCCAUGUGGAGCCUCCGCGGCCUGCGCCUGGCGGCUGGACAUUGUUUUAGGUUAUAUGAAAGAAAUGCUUCCUCGUCUCUAAAGUUUACCAGAAACACUGACUUUAAGAGGAUCACUGGAUUCUGCACCAAGCCACAGGAAAGUCCCAAAGCUCCAACCGAGUCUUACAGACACCGGGUGCCGCUGCACAAGCCCACAGACUUCGAGAAGAAGAUCCUGCUGUGGUCAGGCCGCUUCAAGAAGGAGGAAGAGAUCCCAGAGACUAUCUCGUUUGAGAUGCUUGAUGCUGCAAAGAACAAGCUCCGGGUGAAGGUCAGCUAUCUGAUGAUUGCCCUGACAGUGGCAGGAUGCAUCUAUAUGGUUAUUGAGGGCAAGAAGGCUGCGAAAAGACAUGAGUCUUUAACAAGCUUGAACCUUGAAAGGAAAGCCCGUCUGAGAGAAGAGGCAGCUAUGAAGGCCAGAACAGACUAGAAGUAUUUUUUCCAGAUUUGGAAAACCAGGAGUAAGGUUGCAGUAAGAAGCCUGCUUUAGAAAGGAUGUGACCUGAGACCCACUUUGCAGACAUGCGCUUUGCACAAACAUAUUCUACUUCCCUGUUUCUGUUGUAGAGGUACAAAUAAAUUUUCUUAAAGAGUGA